AAUCCCACAUAAUAAUUUUCUCUCCCAAUCCCGAGAAAACGAUUUCAAAACUUCUUUUUUUUUAUUUCCCUCGAAAUUUCUCCACACGACAACGAAAUUAAAACCCAAUUAAUCCCUCAUAAAAGAAAAAGAAACCCCACAACAACUACUCAAUCAUUUUUUUUUUCAUUCCCGGAAAAUAUGGUAAUAGCUGCAGAAACCAGUGGUACUCAUCACCGAAGACUCACUUUCGCCGCCUUCUUAAACUCCGAUCCCAUCGCCGACGAAGAAGAAAAGAGCCACGGUGGUGAUAUCAACAAUCCCAGUAGCAGCAGCAGCAGCACUAGCAACAAUGUUAUUUAUUCCCAACAACUUCAAAGCAAUGCUUCGACCACGAGCGGCGAUUCGUCUCCUAAUCAGGUUUUAUCUCCAUGGAAUCAGACAUACUCUCCUUACUACACCGACACAACAACAACAACGACGCCGACGAUGUCUCCGUCUCCGUGGAACCAGACUUACUCACCGUACUACAAGUCUCCCUGGAUCUACCAGACCCGAAACAUCGACGACGAUCCAGUCAACGGUUUGAUCGGUACAAUCGUGAGGCAAGAAGGUCAUGUCUACUCGUUGGCUGCUUCUGGAGAUCUUCUCUUCACUGGAUCCGACUCCAAGAACAUUCGGGUCUGGAAAGAUCUCAAGGAUUUCGCCGGUUUUAAAUCAACCAGCGGGUUGGUUAAAGCGAUUGUGAUAACCGGAGAUAACCGGAUUUUCACCGGUCAUCAAGACGGUAAAAUCCGGGUUUGGCGAGGGUCCAAGAGACGAACCGGUGGGUAUUCCCGAGUCGGGAGCUUACCCACUAUGAAAGAGUUUUUGACGAAAUCGGUGAAUCCGAAGAACUACGUCGAGGUUCGUCGCCGGAAAAACGUUCUGAAGAUCCGACACUACGACGCCGUUUCGUGUCUCAGCGUGAACGAGGAGCUCGGUUUACUCUACUCCGGUUCGUGGGACAAGACACUCAAAAUCUGGAGACUCUCCGAUUCGAAAUGUCUCGAAUCGAUCUCGGCUCACGACGACGCGAUCAACACCGUAGCCGCCGGAUUCGACGAUUUGCUCUUCACCGGAUCCGCCGACGGAACACUGAAAGUGUGGAAACGCGAGCUUCAAGGGAAAGGGACGAAGCAUUUUCUGGUAAAUGUGUUGAUGAAGCAAGAGAACGCUGUAACGGCGUUAGCGGUUAAUUUAACGGCGUCUGUUGUUUACUGCGGAUCUUCUGACGGCUCCGUUAAUUUUUGGGAAGGGCAGAAAUAUCUUUCUCACGGCGGGUCUCUUCGCGGCCAUCGUAUGGCGGUGCUCUGUCUCGCCGCCGCCGGGAGUCUGGUGUUGAGCGGCGGAGCGGAUAAGAAUAUUUGCGUGUGGAGGAGGAACGGCGAUGGGACCCACUCGUGUCUCUCGGUGUUGAUGGACCACGUGGGACCCGUUAAGUGUUUGACGGCGGUGGAAGAGGCGGAGGAAGACGGCCAAGGAAGAUGGAUAGUGUACAGUGGAAGCUUGGAUAAAUCGGUGAAGGUGUGGCGCGUGGCGGAGACGCGGUGAUUGGCUGAGAUGUACUUUUGAGGAUGAGAGAUCACGCGCCUUUUUAACGCGCGUGGGGAUGUGGACUACGUUUGAAAGGGAAUUGUUACGCGGCCUAUGUGAUUCUUGCCUUUGUGGUCAAGGCAAGUUUUUUAUGGCCGGCAAAAAGAAGCAGAUCAUACGUCCAAUUAAAAGCUGCCACGUAAUGAAAGUAUAUAAAAGGUUUAGAAAGUUCCUUUAUUUUAUUCCUUAUUUUUUUGUAGACUGUAACUGCACAUAUUUGAAUUACGUUUGGAAAAGAAACAUAAAAAAGUGAAAAUGAUUCUGCUAUAUGUUCAGAAAAAGGGAAAACAAACCGUAUAUUAUUUCAUUGUAUUAUAUUAAUGAGAUUUUGUUUAUUACUUGAUUAUAUGGACUUCGUU